GGAGAGUAGUUUUUUGUGCAGAGUGCCUCUCUCUCUUCCCUUCCCUCACCAAAUCAAAUCAGCAAGGCCCUUUAUCUUUAAUCUCUAUGUUGAGGCCAUUUAUCUUUAUUAUCUCUAUAUAAGAAGAACCCACUAUUCUUUUGUUCUCUCCUGCUCUCUUUUCUUUGUUAGGUGUUUGUAUUUUUGGGUGUUUUUGUGGGGGAUAGGGAGGUAGGAAUAAGGGAGAGGGAAACAGAAGGGGGAGUUUAGCUUCCUCUGUUUCUUAUUAUUGUAUUUACAAGAAGGAGAUUGAAACAUAGACAGAUAUAUAAAGCAAAAGACAAUGUCGGCUUACAGAGACAAAGAUCCUCGUAUCAAUGGCAUCCAAACCAAGAUUCGGGUUGUCCCCAACUUCCCCAAACAAGGUAUCAUGUUUCAAGACAUCACGACUCUGCUACUGGAUCCAAAAGCAUUCAAGGAUACGAUAGAUUUGUUCGUUGAGAGAUACAGAGACAUGAACAUUUCAGUUGUUGCAGGAAUAGAGGCUCGGGGUUUUAUAUUUGGCCCACCCAUAGCGUUGGCAAUAGGAGCGAAAUUUGUUCCCUUGAGAAAGCCAAGGAAGCUGCCAGGUAAAGUUAUUUCCGAAGAGUAUGAGUUGGAAUAUGGAAGUGAUUGCCUUCAGAUGCAUGUUGGAGCAGUUGAACCUGGUGAACGUGCUUUAGUUGUUGAUGACUUGAUAGCAACUGGAGGCACUCUCUGUGCUGCUAUGAAUUUAUUGGAACAAGUUGGUGCAAAAGUAGUUGAAUGUGCCUGCGUUAUUGAGUUACCAGAUUUAAAGGGUCGGGAGCGCUUGAACGGCAAGUCAUUAUAUGUACUGGUGGAAUCUCACUAAAUUGAAGGCCAUAUGUAUGUUGAGCUGAAAUGUACAUUAAAGGCCUUCUGCUGUCUUCUUCCCUUCAUCUAGAAUCUACCUUUCAUUUCAUUAGUGCUGUAGUGAUUUUAAAAAGACCCUUGUUUCAGCGAAUUCAUGCCAUGCGAUGCGGAGAAAUGCUUGGAUAUUCUCAUUUUUUAUAUAAAGAAAAUGAAUUUACAUAG